GGAAGACAUAGAGAGGAAGAAAGGGACAGUAGGACAAAGAACUCAUGAAGAAAGGGUGAAAGUAAGAAGAAAGGGUAUAGGCAGGCAGGAUGAGCCUGGGUGCUGCCCCUCGUGGCUCCAUGACAACGCUGCAGAAACAGCUAGUGUGUCCCACCUGUCUGGAGAUGUUCACCAAGCCGGUGGUCAUCCUGCCCUGCCAGCACAACAUCUGCAGGAAGUGUGCCAACAACGCCUUCCAGGCAGCCAAUCCCCUGUGGCAGUCCCGUGGCUCCGCCUCCAUGUCCUCGGAGGGGUGUAUCCGCUGUCCCUCCUGCCUCCAGGAGGUGGCGCUGGACCGACACGGAGUGUCCGGCCUGCAGAGGAACCUGCUGGUGGAGAACAUCAUAGAAGUCUACAAACACCACGCCUCCAGGUGCCAGUUUAUGACCAAGCAGCAGCAGCAGCUGAUGUGUGAGCAGCACCAGGAGGAGAAGAUCAACAUCUUCUGCCUGAGCUGCCAGACCCCCAGCUGCUCCCUCUGCAAGGUGUUCGGCCACAAGGACUGUGAGGUCGCACCCAUACUGACCGUCUACGAGACCCAGAAGUCAGAGCUGAGCAACGGCAUUGCUGUCUUGGUGGCAGAGAACGACCAAAUCCAGACUCUCAUCUCUGAGAUGGAGGAAGUCUGAAGGAAGAUAGAGGACAGCGGGCGUGUUAUCAAGAAGAGGUUGAGUGACAGCUUUGACGACCUAUUAGGCGCCAUGGAGGAGAGGAAGGAGCAGCUGAUUGGUGAGAUCGGAUGGCAGCAGGACCGCAAGCUCAGACAUGUCCUCUCCCUCAUCCGUCGCCAUGGAGACCACCUGGAGGGCGGGGCCAAGCUACUGGAGACGGCCAGCCAGACCAUGGAGGAACCUCCCAUGGCUGUGUUCAUACAGACUACCAAGGACAUACUGGAAAAGAUGUCGGCCUCGGUCAGGGCGUCGACCCUGGAGCGUCCAGCGCCGGGCUACGAGAGCCUGGUCCACCUCACCGUCAACACCCGGGCCCUGGAACACCUGCUCACGACCAUGGACUUCUGCUCAGGUCCCCCUGGGGAGGAGGAGGGCUUCGUCCGGGAGGAGGGGGCUGAGGACCCUGUUGCCAUGGAGCUAGACAUCAGGAACCUGUAGUCUCUCUACAGGUUCUUCCUGUGAAGACAAGAGAAAGGAAGAAGAGAGAGAUGGAGAGGGAGAGAGAUUAUCAUAAUCCUCUUCAGAACAACCACAGCAGUGUAGUUUCUCUGCUCUGUGCUCCUGUGAGUGGAUGCUUUGUGAAACAAGAAGAUAAAUUCUUCCUGCUUAAUCUCUCCCACACCUCCCUUCUCUCCCUUUUCUCCCACACCAAGCUGUUUCAGCUCCCGUUUACACCAUGAACACUGUUAUGUAUGGCUGAAUUAAAGGUCUGCUGUCACAGCUGACUCCUCUUUCAUGUUUGGGAGGCUGGAAC